UGGGGGCCGGUGGCAGGAACAAGGCUUUUCCGACCCCAUGGAGCUCUAUGAGACAUCCCCCUACUUCUACCAGGAACCCCACUUCUAUGACGGGGAGAACUACCUGCCCGUCCACCUCCAGGCCUUUGAGCCACCAGGCUAUGAGCGGACUGAGCUCAGCCUGAGCCCUGAGGCCCGAGGGCCCCUUGAGGACAAGGGGCUGGGGACCCCCGAGCACUGCCUGGGCCAGUGCCUGCCGUGGGCGUGCAAGGUGUGCAAGAGGAAGUCGGUGUCGGUGGACCGGCGGCGUGCGGCCACACUGAGGGAGAAGCGCAGGCUCAAGAAGGUGAAUGAGGCCUUCGAGGCCCUGAAGAGGAGCACCCUGCUCAACCCCAACCAGCGGCUGCCCAAGGUGGAGAUCCUGCGCAGCGCCAUCCAGUACAUCGAGCGCCUGCAGGCCCUGCUCAGCUCCCUCAACCAGGAAGAGCGGGACCUCCGCUACCGAGGCGGGGGCGGGCCCCAGCCAGGGGUGCCCAGUGAAUGCAGCUCCCACAGCGCCUCCUGCAGUCCAGAGUGGGGCAGCACACUGGAGUUUGGCCCCAACACAGGGGAUCACCUGCUCACAGCUGACCCUACGGAUGCCCACAACCUGCACUCUCUCACCUCCAUUGUGGACAGCAUCACAGUGGAAGAUGUCUCUGUGGGCUUUCCAGAUGAAACCAUACCUAACUGA